CUUAUAGUUCAUCUAGUGUUCAACAUCAAAAAUCAUCUGAUACACCUUGGAUUAUUGGUGCUACUGUAGUCUUUGGGUCGACUCUUACUUAUUUACUUUCGGGUGGUGAUCGAACGACUCAUGCGCAUCAUGUACAUACUCGUUCGAUUCCUGUUCAACAUUUACCUUCUAAUGAUGAAGAACAUAAACAAAGCUUUGAAGAAGAACAUAUUCCGGUGGCAGGUAGUUCUGAAGUUUUGACUUCUAGUCCUGCUGGUGAAGGUAGACCUCAUGGUGAUGGAGAUAAAGCUUUAAGACAGAUGGUCAAAUCUACUGAAUCACACAGUGGUAAACAAACCUCAACGGGUGGUUUACAAGAACAUGGAGCUAUACCUGAGAAGAUGGAUGAAGCUAGAAUAAAUAGUUCUAAAAGAGGUACAGACCCAGAUGCGGCUAUAGAUACUAAGACCAUUGUAGCCAAGGCUAAAACGGCUCAUCAAGAUAAGAAAGAGAAUGCAAAAGAUUGAAAAUUUGAUGGGUUUAUGUUUUAAAAUGAUUUUUUUUGAUCACUAGAAUCGUGUAUUUUUCGUGUUUUCUGUAGCUUUGCUCCGUUUUGUAUGAUCAAAGAUGUAACUGAUGGUUUUAUUCGAGUUUUGAUGAAUAAAAGUCUCUUAUCAAU